GGAUCACAAGGAAGCCUAUUGCCUGACUGGUGAAGCAGAGCUACAGAGACCUGGAAAUGAAAGUAAAAAAGACCAAGAGGCACAUGGAGGGAGCUGCAGGGGCAGCAGCUCUAGCAACAGAAUGCUACCUUCUGUAAUUAAAUAACAAUUAUUAGUAUUAUUACUAACAGUAAUAAUACUCUAAUAAUAUCUCUAGUAAUAUCAUACCAUUUAUCAAGGAGAAUUGAUUAUAGUAUAGGGAGAAUACCUAAUUGGAGUGACUGUAAUGGAGAGGCAAAAAAGAAAAGAGGAAAUAGAGAAGGGGCUUCAGUUUAUCCAGUCCACAUUACCCCUCAGCCAGGAAGAUUAUGAGGCUUUUUUGCAAAAGCUGGUGCGGAACCUAUUUGCAGAGGGCAACGACUUGUUCAGAGAGAAGGAUUUCAAACUGGCACUGGUGCAGUAUGUAGAAGGUCUGAAUGUGGCUGAAUAUGCAGCUUCAGACGAGGUGACUAUUCCAUUGGAUCUCUUAUGCAAGUUGCAUGUCAAUCGGGCUGCCUGCUAUUUUGCCAUGGGCCUGUAUGAGAAGGCUUUGGAAGACAGUGACAAGGCUUUGGGAUUUAACAAGGAGAACAUCCGUGCACUUUUCCGGAAAGCCCGCUGUUUGAAUGAGCUGGGGAGGCACAAGGAAGCAUAUGAAUGUAACAGCUGUUGUUUGCUCUCCCUACCGCAUGAUGAAAGCGUGGCACAGCUUGGCCAGGAACUUGCACAGAAGCUGGGACUAAGGGUCCGGAAAGCAUACAAGAGGCCUCAGGAAUUGGAAACGUUCUCUCUACUCAGUAAUGGCAUGUCCUCCACAUUACCAAAUCAGAAUGUUUCCAAUGGCUUGGGUUCUGUAGAUGACAUUGAAACAGACAGCUCUGUGCACCUUCCUUGUGUCAGUACUCCCAGUGCCGCUUGCGUCCCUGUGAGUGAGGGCUCUGCUUUUUCAUCUUCUGACUCGGAAAUGAAAGGCAUCGCGACUUCACUCCCUACUGCUGCCCUGCUCCCUUCUGGAGACACUAUAUCUAUGCCCGGCUCUGACAGUGUGGAUGACUUCACUGAAGGAGGAGUUCUUGGGGAUGAAUUGGACUCAAUCCUGGAUUCUAUUGCAGAGGGGUCACAGUACUCACUAUCUCUGGUCCAAGGUGCCAUCCCUGCCAACCUGCCUAGUGAGAUGCCGCAGCUGAUCCCCGUCUUUCCAGGAGGGACUCCACUGCUCCCCCCUGUGGUGACAGCCAACAUUCCCGUCUCCACACCACUCCCUCCAGCCUCCUUUGGCCUGGUGAUGGAUGCCACAAAACAGCUCUCCUCCUCAUCUGUUCUGGAUGCUUUUGAAUCCCCAGCGGGUGGUGAUGGCAGCUCCCCGUUGGACUCAUUGGAUUCACUAGAUCUUCUCCCAUACACAGAGUCUCGGCUUGAUGUGCUGGAUGCUUUUGGAACUAACAGGGGGUCACUGGAUGCGCUGGAUUCCUUUGCCGUUGAGGAAACCAGUACCCAAGAGCCACAGCAGUCUGCUAGUAUCCAGAAGCCAACACUUGUGGCCAACCACAGUGGGCCAAGUCACACAACGGUACCCAAAGUGGUAGAGUUGCUGAUGUCUCAGCCUGAAUCGGUGAUGUCGAAUACAGCUCUGCUUGUGAAGAAUCCAUUGGCAUCCACUCACGUCUUCAAACAAGCAUGUCACAUCUGCUAUCCUAAAACAGGACCCAAGGCGGGUGAUUAUACCUAUCGAGAGGGUCUGGAGCACAAGUGUAAGCGGGACAUACUGCUAGGCAGGCGCCGUAACUCAGAAGAUAAAACCUGGAAGAGAAUCCGGUCACGCCCAACCAAGACCAACUUUGUGGGAUCUUAUUAUUUGUGCAAAGAUAUGCUUAACAAGCAGGACUGUAAGUACGGGGAUAACUGCACCUUCGCGUACCACCAGGAGGAGAUCGACGUGUGGACAGAGGAACGGAAGGGAACCCUCAAUCGUGAUCUCCUCUUUGACCCCCUUGGUGGGGUCAAGCGGGGCAGCCUGACCAUUGCCAAGAUCUUGAAAGAACAUCAGGGCAUAUUCACUUUUCUCUGUGAGAUCUGCUUUGACAGCAAACCCCGGAUAAUUAGCAAAGGGACCAAGGAUUCUCCAGCAGUGUGCUCCAAUCUUGCUGCAAAACAUAGCUUUUAUGAUAACAAGUGUUUGGUUCACAUUGUUCGUUCCACCUCCCUGAAAUACUCUAAGAUCCGCCAGUUCCAGGAGCACUUUCAGUUCGACGUGUGCCGGCACGAAGUGCGCUAUGGCUGCCUGCGUGAAGAUAGCUGCCACUUUGCUCACAGCUUCAUAGAGCUUAAAGUCUGGCUGCUCCAGCAGUAUUCUGGAAUGACUCAUGAAGAUAUUGUACAGGAAUCGAAAAAGUAUUGGCAGCAGAUGGAAGCCCAUGCCAUCAAGUCUAGCAACAAUGUGGCUUCUACCAGGGCUCCCACAUCAAACACAUUUGACCUCCAGAUGAAAUUUGUUUGUGGCCAGUGUUGGAGGAACGGGCAGGUGGUGGAACCAGACAAGGACCUCAAGUACUGUAGUGCCAAAGCACGCCACUGUUGGACCAAGGAACGCCGCGUCCUGCUAGUGAUGUCCAAAGCAAAGAAGAAGUGGGUGUCUGUCCGACCUCUGCCUUCUAUCCGCAGCUUCCCUCAGCAGUACGAUCUAUGUAUCCAUGCCCAAAAUGGCAGGAAGUGCCAGUAUGUUGGAAACUGCUCCUUUGCUCACAGCCCGGAGGAGAGAGACAUGUGGACCUUCAUGAAAGAAAAUAAAAUUUUGGAUAUGCAGCAGACGUAUGACAUGUGGCUGAAAAAACACAACCCUGGGAAACCAGGCGAGGGGACACCACUAACAUCAAGGGAAGGAGAGAAGCAAAUCCAGAUGCCCACUGACUAUGCUGACAUGAUGGGUUACCACUGCUGGCUCUGUGGAAAGAACAGCAACAGCAAGAAGCAGUGGCAGCAGCACAUCCAGUCAGAAAAGCACAAGGAGAAAGUCUUCACCUCUGACAAUGACUCCAGCUGCUGGAACUACCGUUUCCCCAUGGGCGAGUUCCGGCUGUGUGAAAGAUUCCAGAAGACCAAAACCUGCCCUGAAGGGGAGAAAUGUCGCUUUGCUCAUGGCCAGGAUGAGUUGACGGAGUGGCUGGAUCGGAGGGAAGUAAUGAAGCAGAAGCUGGCCAAGGCACGCAAGGAUAUGUUGCUGUGCCCCAGAGAUGACGACUUCGGCAAAUACAACUUUCUGUUGCGGGACAGCAUAUAAUCGCUGUGGGA